AUGUCUACCAUCGUUGUCAAAUUAGGUUCUUCUUCCAUUGUCUCUGAAUCGAGAGAGCCCCGUAUUGCCAACAUUUCAUUGCUUGUGUCCACUUUGGUCAAUUUACGCCGCCAAGGACAUCGAGUUGUCCUUGUAUCGUCUGGGGCCAUUGCCAUGGGAUUGAAUGAGACUUCAUUGGAGAGGAAACCAAAGAAGUUGGCAGCCAAACAGGCGCUUGCUGCACUAGGGCAGGGUAAGUUGAUUUCCUUAUGGGACAAUCUAUUCAAAUAUUACAAUCAGAAAACUGCACAGAUUCUAUUGACUCGUAACGACAUUAGUGAAUAUUCACAUUUCCGUAAUGCGGAAAAUACGCUGCAGGAAUUGUUAUCGAUGGAUGUUAUUCCUAUUGUCAAUGAAAAUGAUACCAUUUCCACGCAAGAAAUCAAAUUUGGUGAUAACGACCAAUUAUCUGCAAUUACUGCCGGUAUGGUAAAUGCCGACUAUUUAUUUCUUUUGACCGAUGUCGAUUGCCUAUACACGGACAAUCCAAAGACCAAUCCCGAUGCAAGGAAAGUCUUGGUUGUGAGAGACAUGAAUGAUUUACAUGUCAAUACUAAAUCUGGUGCUGGAUCAGCAGUUGGUACAGGUGGCAUGGAGACCAAGAUCUUGGCUGCCGAUUUGGCAACCAAUGCAGGGAUAACCACGAUUAUCUGUCAUUCUAACCAUCCCGAACAAAUCGAGAAGAUGAUCAACCACGAGCCAACAAAUGAGCCGGACUAUGAGAGGGCGAACAUUGAGGAAGAAUCUCGAUUGAAGGAGAUGGAGAUUCCAUUACAUACCAGGUUUAUUGGUCAUUCUAAAUCACAUAUUAAAGAUCGUGAAUUUUGGUUGUUACAUGGGUUGAAGCCCAAAGGUUCGCUGAUUGUCGACUAUGGAUGUUUUCAAGCGAUUACUCGAGUGAACCGUGCAGGACUACUUCCUGUUGGAAUAAUUGGCGUUGAGGGGCAUUUCAACCAACUAGAAUGUGUCGAGCUAAGGUUGGGAUUCAAGGGAGUUGGGAGAAGUGUUUGCUUUGGCAGAGGCCGCUGUAAUUACAACUCUUCUGAAAUUGAAAAAAUCAAAGGUGUCCAAAGUUCAAGAGUGGGUGAGUUGUUAGGGUAUUGGGACUCGGAGUAUGUUGUCCACCGUGACAACAUGGCUGUCAAGCUAGACAACGAGUUGGAGGAGUUUAUAAAAGAGAAUACCUAG